AUGAGACGGGACAACCUAUUCAGGCCAGUUAAGGAGGGAGGGCUGGGUUUAGUUCAUUUAUAUCUAUGGCAAAUUGUUUCACGGUUCUACUUUUUUCGCGACAGUUCCCAUCCAAUUAUUCGAUCAUUCUUGCAGAUUACGUUUGUUAAUGUUUUACCUGACUUGAUUGUUUCCUCAGAUUUCUCUGUGCGCCCGUGUUUGUGGGGAUUUAUGCGGGAAGUUCUCAUCGCUGUUCGGUUUCUCAAGGUCCGGUUUUCCAUAGAAUAUCUAUACAAAAUAUCACGCAAGAGACUCUACAAGGAUUUGUUAUCCAUGCUUUUUCCACCUCCACUUUACCGCUCAUUAUAUUCUGACCUUCCAGGACAUGAUGUACUAAAACGAGUUCGGAAAAUGUAUCUUUCUCCUGAUACAAAAACCUUCUUUUACAAACUCCAUACUGAUACACUGCCGGUGAAAUCAUGGCUGCAGAGGAAGGGUAUUUUUGUUUCUUCAGUUAACUGUCGUCUCUGCGACGUACCAGAGACAGUAGAACACUGUUUUAUUAGCUGCAAAGAUGCCAUUCUGUUUUGGGACAUCCUUCAACGAACUGUUCAAAAAUAUUUUAACAUUAACUCACAUACUAUACGUUACCUUCUCCCAACGUCUCUUGAUGAAGUGCCCUUUGACAUGUUUUUCCUUAUGGGACUGCACAGUCUGUGGAAAACGCGCAUGCAAGACCGUAAUGCAGAACUAACAACUGCUUCAAGUAUGCAUUUCAUGCGUAUGGCUCUCCAUGUAAAGGACAUUUACGAAGAACUUGACAUGAGACCAGACUGGCACCCCGUCUUGAUG